AACAUAUUAAGGAGAGUGAAAAAAAGGGUUGCUAGUGAGAGAGAGAAGAUUUUUUUUUUUCUUUAAAAAAAUAAUAAUAAAAAAAGAAGUGAAAGAAGAAGAGAAGAAAUGGAAGGUGGAGAAGAAAGGAAGAUGAUAAAAUGAAAAAUGAGAGAGAAACAAACAAACUCUCCUUUCUGUAAAAUUCUCUCUCCAUAAAACUCCACUUUCUUUUCUUCUUUCCUCUGCUUCCACCAAAAAGCCAAAGUUUGUGACAGUAAUCAGUCACCAACAGAAGCUGAAGCCGAAGAAGCAGAAGCAGAAGCAGUAGCAGCAGCAACAACAGCAGCAGAAGCAGAAGCAGAAGCAGAAGCAGUAUCAUUUCUUCUGCACUUUAUUACGAAACAGAACCAAGAUUAUAAAAACCCCCCACCAAGAACAACAAGAACAACAACAACAACAACAACCAAAGACCAAACCCCAAAUUUCUUCUAAUUUUCCCUUUAUUUUUUUUUUAAAUUUUUAUUUUCAAAAAAAAGAAAAGAAAAGAAAAGAAAAGAAAAGAAAUCUUCCCUCUUCUUCCCUCCCUUUUUCUGUCUACAAAAUCUCUCUGCUAGAAAUUCAGAGAGACCCCACUUCCCAUAUAACGCCUACAUAGAUUGAGUUCCACGAUCCAAAAUCUUUUUCUCUUCAAUCCCCUCAUUUUCCCAUUUUCUCUAAUCUUUUUUAUUAAUAUAUGUUUUUUUUAUAUAAUUUUUAUAUAAUUUUUUGUUUUUCCAUAUUUUAACCCCACCCGCCUUCAGUUGUGGCUACUACAAGGAGGUUACCUUCUGAUUCCGGCGCAUUCGCAGACUGGGCGGCUCCUUCUUCCUCCGCCGCCCGUGCUGCACCUGAUGAUCUCUCUCUCGGCUUCAAUGCUGGUCCCUCCGCCGCACCCCCUCCCGGACCUCCCGUCUCCAUGUGGUCCGCCGCCGCCGCUCAGAGGUCUCUCAAUUACGGCCUUGGAUCGGAGAUGGGAAUGGUCGGCCUCCGAGAUGUAUACGUCGUUGCUCCAGCUUCCUCUUUUAACCCGAAUCCUCACCAACACGAUGCUAAUCUCAUGUCCGAUCCUCAUUCGCUCGCUGUUUCCAACCCCGCCACCGCUCUCGGCGUUGGUGUAGGCGUCGGGGUUAUUCCGCUACUUACCGCCGGUCCCUGCCUUGGAGUUGAGGAGGAGAAUCUCUUGAGUAAUCGGAGUAGUAGCAGAGGUGGAGGGAUUCAGUUAUGGCAGCAAAAUCAACAAUCGACGCAACAUUAUUUGAAGAAAACCCCGUCGGCUUCUCUCGAUCAUCACCUUCAUAAUGCCUCCGGUGCUAAUAAUGACUUAAUCGGUGGUGGAAUUGGCGUUUCCGGCGGUUUGGCUUCUUCGUCUUCGGCGACAACCACGUGCCAGGACUGUGGGAAUCAAGCGAAGAAAGAUUGUAGCCAUAGACGCUGCAGAACUUGCUGUCGAAGCCGAGGGUUCGAUUGCGCUACUCACGUGAAGAGCACGUGGGUUCCUGCUGCGCGACGGAGAGAGCGGCAACUUAUGACUGUUACUGCUACCUUCGCCGCUGGCUCCUCCGGUUCUACCUCCGGCGCUAAGAAACCGAGGCUUAUAGCCUCACAAACGACUUCUCAUACUUCCACUUCCAACACCACUCCUCCGAGAAGCCUCGAUACGAGCUCCAGUCAUCAAGAUGCUGGAUUUAAAGAGACGCUACCGGGGCAAGUACGUGCACCGGCGGUUUUCAAGUGCGUGAGAGUGACGGCGGUGGAAGACGGCGACGAUGAGUACGCGUAUCAAGCAGUGGUUAAAAUUGGGGGUCAUGUUUUCAAAGGAUUAUUGUACGAUCAAGGCGUUGAAGCCGGAGAUGCGUUUCCUAAUGUAUCGGAAUUACAUUUGGGCGACGGCGGUAGUGGAGGCAGAAAUAAUCGGAAUGGUUCGUCUUCUUCUCCGCUUGUCGAUCCAUCGGAUGUUUACAAUGCGGCCGCCUCUGGCGGCGGUGGCGUUCCGGGUUUUCUCGGUGGUCCAAAUUAUGGUAAUCAAAUUAGCUGAUAUAUUUUAUUCUGAUUUUCGACGGUUUCAAGGUUCUACCCCAAAUCAAUGGAACCAAAAGAUCUGCAACUGUGUAAUGACUAACCAAUCUUUUCUUAAAAAUCCAUUUUAUUUAUGUAUCAUCUCAUCUUAUUGUGUAUAUCUAAUUCCUUUCCGCUCUGAUCUUGCAACUUUCAUCAUUGAUUGAGAUAUUUAAUCCACUUUCUCUUGCUAAACUA